ACUGAAAUAAAAACCACCAUGUAGCUGAGUGAGUUAUCGGAUUCUAGAUAAAUAAGAAGCUCGGCGGCGAGAUCAGAAAAUCAUUAAGUCCGCUCAUGCUCCGUGCGCGGAGGCUGCGUCACUCACACUCGCAGCUCUCGUGUCGCGCGGUCGAUGAAAUACGAAACGUGAAAACCUUCGCGCGAAACAUGUUCUAGUUAAUAGCAACAACGGAUUUAUUUUUACCUAUUACUUAAACUUAUUUCGAACAUUUAAAAACUAUUUCCAUACCACAUGACGCGUCAAAAUGAUAUUCCCUUCGAAACGACUCCGCUCGCGGAUAAAGACAAAGGCUUUCCCGUGCCUGCGAUGCGGCGCGAAAACAUUGACGUUCCUGUUUUGGGCGACACUGUAUGUUGUUGUCAUGAAAAUGACAUUAUUAAAGAACAGCGGCAACCAGGCGCCGAGGGACUGGGCGAUACCUGACAAUUACACCAAGUGGCUGUUGCAGGGCCCGGUUUUAGGGGACGAUAACGAGUCGGAUGCGACCGACAGUGACUGGCUUGAGCCCGACAAUGCGACUAUAAUCGAAUUGGAGAAGCGCGCUGUCAGGGCUCAAGAAGUCUGUCGACUACGAUCCCUUCAAACGCAGGGUAUAAACAGCAAGGAGUUUUUCGUGGAUCACGCUCAUAAUAUUGUAUGGUGUAAUAUAUUCAAGGCAGCCAGCUCGUCGUGGUUGUACAAUUUCAAUAUUUUAGGUGGUUACGAUAAGAAGUUUCUGGCCAAAACGAGGCAUACACCUCUAACAUUAGCUCGAAAGAAGUUUCCAAGGCCAAGCGAAGAGGAACUUCGGGACACCAUAACCACGCCCGGGGUCAUCUCCUUGUUGGUGGUGCGAGAGCCAUUCGUCCGUUUGUUGUCGGCGUACAGGGACAAGUUGGAAAACACAACGCCGCCGUAUUACAGAAAACUUGCACGAAACAUUGUGGCAGAACAUAGAGAGGCAGCGACGAAAGUUAUGGGACCAAUUAACUCGUUCGGUCCAACGUUUUACGAGUUCGUAGCGUAUCUGAUAACAAGGUACUCAUCGGACUCGGCAACCUUCGACGAGCACUGGGCGCCAUAUUACAAAUUUUGCACGCCGUGCGCUGUCAAUUUUACGGUCAUCGCCAAAGUGGAGACGCUGGCGAGAGACUCGACGUACGUCGUGCAGCAGCUCGGCCUGGGGCACAUACUGGGAAGAAAAGUCAGGAAUCGCAGGACGCGCCUCCGGACUGUCAUGAACAAGUCCCGCGACGGGAAGAACACUUCCGCUUUGUUGAAAUAUUACUUCGGCCAGCUCGACGCGUACAUGCUCGAUAAACUCUUACAAAUAUAUGGUAUAGAUUUCGAUAUGUUUGGAUAUGAAUCAGAUAUUUAUCGCCGUUAUGUAAGAAAAUAAACUAUUUAUAAUAUUA